CAGCAGCCAUGAACGGCGAUGAGCAGUACUACGCGGCCACGCAGCUCUACAAGGACCCGUGCGCCUUCCAGCGCGGCCCAGCGCCGGAGUUCAGCACCAGCCCGCCUGCGUGCCUGUACAUGGGCCGCCAGCCACCGCCGCCACCCCCUUUCCCCGGCGCCCUGGGAUCGCUGGAGCAGGGCAGCCCCCCGGACAUCUCCCCGUACGAGGUGCCGGCCCUAGCCGACGAGCCCGCGGUGGCUCACUUCCACCACCUCCCCGCGCAGCUCGGGCUCCCGCACCCGCCCGCUGGGCCCUUCCCGGAUGCAGAGUCCAGCGCCCUGGAGGAGCCCAGCCGCGUCCAGCUGCCCUUCCCGUGGAUGAAGUCCACCAAGGCCCACGCGUGGAAGGGCCAGUGGGCAGGCGGUGCUUACACUGUGGAGCCGGAGGAGAACAAGCGGACCCGCACCGCCUACACCCGCGCGCAGCUGCUGGAACUGGAGAAGGAGUUCCUCUUCAACAAGUACAUCUCUCGGCCGCGCCGGGUGGAGUUGGCCGUCAUGCUAAACUUGACCGAGAGGCACAUCAAGAUCUGGUUUCAAAAUCGCCGCAUGAAGUGGAAAAAAGAGGAGGACAAGAAGCGCGGCUGCGGGCCGGCGGCCGCCGGCGGUGGGAGCGCAGAGCCAGAGCAGGACUGCGCGGUGACCUCGGGCGACGAGCUGCUGGCGCUGCCACCACCGCCUCCCCCAGGAGGCACGGUGCCCCCAGCCGUGCCCGCCCCGGUGCCGGCCCGAGAGGGCCGCCUGCCCCCCGGCCUCAGCGCGUCUCCGCAGCCCUCCAGCCUGGCGCCCCUGCGGCCGCAGGAACCCCGGUGAGAGACGGAGCUGCUCCCCGCGGACGGUCUCUGCCACUCGCAGGCUAGGGGGAAGCGGGACUGGGACCCCG